AUGGCAUUCCCCACCAAACCGACCCCCACACCCCCCUCCACAAACUCGUCCAGUGCUGGCCACUCCCCAGAUUACAGAGUCGUCCGGAAACGAAACCGAGUGCCUCUAUCCUGCGCACCAUGCCGACAUAGAAAGCUGAAAUGCAAUCGCUCCAAUCCCUGCGAAAACUGCGUCAAACGAGGCGAUGCUGUUUCUUGUAACUAUGCGCAAGCCAGCUCGCGCAAACGAAAUUCGCCUCAGCAGCCUUCGUUGAAUUCCCCGGAUGAUAUGCAGAAUCGCAUCGACCGGUUGGAAGGAUUGGUGCUUUCGUUGAUGACGAAUGGGUCUCAAUCUGCGGGUCCGGCAGCGGCCAUGGCUGCUAUUUCUGGUGAUAGUAGUGCGGGAUCGGCAAGGUUCUCGCAUGACCGGGAGAUCGACGAGGAGGGGAUGGAAGACGAGGAUAGUGAUACGGACCAGGUCACCAAGUCGUUUGGUAUCAUGAAGGUGGACAAUAACAAGUCUUAUUACAUCAGUGAUGCCCACUGGGCUUCUGUAUUGAAUGAUAUAACCGAGGUUAAGAAUUUCUUUACGACGCACAAGAAGCAACUGGAUGAGCAGGCCGAGAAAGUCAAGGCCGCUCGGCCAGCUACUGAUCUAUCAGGUUCGAAUUUGUUGUUUGGUGUCACGAAGCCGAUGAGUCGUGCCGAGAUCAUGACCGGCUUGCCGUCAAAGUAUACAACGGAUCUUCUUGUGGCUCGCUACUUCAACUCAUAUGAUCCUGCAACUCUGUCAGAUAUUCUUCAUGGACCUUCAUUUCAGGCACAGUACAAUAAACAUUGGGAAGAUCCCGCUCAAACAGAACUUGUCUGGUUUGCCAUGCUCUUCGGAAUGAUGAGGUUAGCGAUGCUAUCUUAUCACCGUGAAGGCGAUGAACCACCUGAGUUCAGAGGCAAGUCCAUAGAUAUGGCUGGGGCACAGACCUUAACGCUGGCCGACUACACGAAACCGCACCCGUUUUUGAUCGAAGCGCUUGUAUUCCAUCUUCAUGGUGACUUUUCCCAGACCACGGACGCGGAUGUCUCCGUCUGGGUCAUGACUGGUGUGAUUGCCCGUCUAGCGAUGCGCUCAGGAUACCACCGUGACUCCAAAAUGUUCCCAAACAUCACACCUUUCCAGGGCGAGAUGCGACGGCGGGUGUGGACCUUCGUGCGCCAGGCUGAUCUACUCUUUUCAUUCCAAGUUGGUCUGCCAAGCAUGAUUCGCUCCUCUGAUAGUGAUACCGAACUUCCGCGCAAUCUGUACGAUGAUGAUUUCGACGAAGACUGCAAAGAACUCCCGCCAUCUCGUCAAUUGUCCGAGCCCACGCCUAUCUCGUAUUUGAUCGCCAAGGCACGCCUGACAUACGCAUUCGGCCGCGUGGUUGAACAAAGCUCCGCGAUCUCGAGUGCUCCAUACGAAAAAGUGAUGGAAAUCGACGCAGAACUGCGUCAGGCAAGAGAUAUGAUCCCUGACCACUUGAAAAUUCGACCCAUGGAGGAGUGCCAGCUGGAUCCCAUCAACCUCAUCAUGUCACGGUUUGCCGUAAUGGCCGUAUAUGACAAAGCGCAAUGCGUCCUCCACCGCCCAUAUCUAGUCCGCGCCCGGGACAACCCCCGCUUCACCUACUCGCGGAGAACAUGUAUUGACUCUGCAAUGGAUCUCCUCCAAGUCCAAGCACUCCUACACGCGGAAACACGCAAUGGUCGCCUCCGCAGUCGCCAAAGCCGAGUCACAUCCCUAAGCUCCGCCGAUUUCCUCCUCUCAGCCACCAUUGUCUCCCUCGAUCUAUCCCAGGGCCUCCAAAUGCAAGUUUCCGGCCGUCCAUCCGGAGACACCUACACCUGGGGUCGGGAACGCCGCGAUGAGAUGAUGGCCGCUCUCCAACGAUCCAAAGAGAUUUGGGAUGAAUCCCGAGAUGUCAGCAUGGAAGCUUGGAAAGCCUCAAAUGUUAUUGGCGUCAUGCUGAGUAAAUUGCUCAUGCAAGCACCAGGAAUUGAGGAUACCCCCAGUGCGAACUUCGAACCUGCAGAUGAGAAACAGAAUGCUGCCAUGACUCUCGGUCUACUGAGUAGUGGUAUGAGUCCCAUGAAUCCCGGCCCUCCUCCAUUUACGGAUCCAAUGUUCAAAAUGAGUGAUUCGCCGAUGGGAACUGGAAUGGGGACGGGCGCGGCUGAAAUUCCUGGUGCGCUUUCGCCGUUCAGUAGCAUGUUUGGUCAGAUGCCGGACAUGCAGGUGAACCUUGAUUGGGAUGCCUGGGACACAUAUAUACAAAACCCAACACUCGACACAUCGAAUCAGUUCUGGCCGACCCCACAGUCUGCGGGCGUAUCCCAAUCUUCGAUCUCUAGUCCUCUUGGUGCAUCGCGGGUCCCUUCGAUGUCGAGCAGUGCUACAACUGGUCCCCCUCGACUACCAAACAUGUAUUCACCUUCAUCUAUCAGCCCUGAAGGCGCAGUCCCGGGAGCAGAUAGGGUAUGGCGAGAUCCCCAUGCCAAGAUUAACUAA